UUUGUGGCCCACCCGAUCUGCCAGCAGGUCCUGACGUCCAUCUGGUGUGGCAAACUGACCUGGUGGAGGGGCAGCCGCACCAUCUGGCUCAUCUUCAUCUCCAGCGGCCUCUUCCUCAGCAUGCCCCUGCUCUGCCUCAUCUACCUGAUGGCGCCCAAGACCAAGCUCGGGCAGUUUGUCCGCACACCGGUCAUCAAAUUCCUCCUGCACUCCUCGUCGUACAUCUGGUUCUUGGUCCUUUUGCUUGUGGAGUCCAUCCUUGCCCAGCAGUCCCGGGAAUUGUCCUCGUCCAGGAAAGAGCCCAUCUACAUCAACUCCUUCCACAUGAUCUGGGUGGUGGGAUACUUCUGGUACGAGUGUAAGGAGGUGUGGAUCGAGGGGCUGCGUAGUUAUCUGCUGGACUGGUGGAAUUUCUUGGACAUUGUCAUCCUGAGUAUGUACCUGGCGUCUUUCGCUCUGCGCAUCGUUAUCUACCUGAGUGGCGAGCUGUACUGUCAGGCCGACCCCUCCUCCUUCUACUGCCAUUACUUCACCAUCAUUGAAAGACACCAAUGGAUGCAGGAAGACCCACAGAUGGUGGCCGAGGUUCUGUUUGCUAUCACGAGUAUGCUGAGUCUGGCUCGUCUUACCUCCAUCCUGCCCGCCCACGAGACCCUCGGAACCCUGCAGAUAUCUAUUGGAAGGAUGAUCGAUGACAUGAUGAGGUUCAUGUUCCUCUUGAUGAUCAUCCUCACCGCAUUCCUGUGCGGGAUCAACAACAUCUACGUCCACUACGUCGACCUCGAUCGCCUGGGCAACUUCAAUGGCACCUUACAGUUCCUCUUCUGGACCAUGUUUGGCAUGGAGGAGCCCACCUCUGUGGAUGUCUCCGACUACGUGGUGGCGGAGUUUGUGGGUCGCGUCCUCUACGGCAUUUUCACCAUCAUCAUGGUUAUAGUGCUACUAAAUAUGUUAGUCGCUAUGAUCACAAACUCCUUUCAGAAGAUCGAGGAUGACGCAGAUGUUGAGUGGAAAUUUGCUCGGUCCAAGUUGUACCUUUGCUAUUUUCGUGAAGGUCUGACUCUCCCUGUCCCCUUCAACAUCAUUCCCACGCCCAAAUCGUUUAUCUACUUGCUCAGGUGGAUCUUUCGCAAGAUGUGCUGCAUUAGCAGCAAGAAGAACGACUAC